AUGCAGUGGACACAUGGAACUAUUUUCAGAAAGGCCUCAGGACAGCCUUUGGACAUGAUGCUGUCCGGGUCAGUGAUGUCCUUCUUCCUCUUCUCCUGGCUGAAACCUUCCAGUCCUUCCAGACUGAGUGUAAUAUCUUUGUUCACUUUUGCUGUUGGUGUCAAUAUCUGCUUAGGAUUCACAGCAAAUCGAAUUAAGAGGGCAGAAGGAUGGGAUGAAGGUCCUCCUACAGUGUUAUCAGACUCCCCCUCGAUCAACAUCUCCGGAUCUUGCAAGGGCAGAUGCUUUGAACUUCAGGAGGCCGGACCCCCUGAUUGUCGCUGUGACAACCUGUGUAAGAGCUACAGCAGCUGCUGCCUCGACUUCGAUGAACUCUGCUUGAAGACCGCUGGCGGCUGGGAGUGUACCAAGGACAGAUGUGGAGAAGUAAGAAACGAAGACCAUGCCUGUCAUUGCUCAGAGGACUGCUUGGCCAGGGGAGACUGCUGCACUAACUACCAAGUGGUUUGCAAAGGAGAGUCUCAUUGGGUAGAUGAUGACUGUGAGGAAAUAAAGACCCCAGAAUGUCCUGCAGGGUUUGUUCGCCCUCCACUGAUCAUCUUCUCUGUGGACGGUUUCCGCGCAUCGUACAUGAAGAAAGGCAGCAAGGUCAUGCCUAACAUUGAAAAGCUGAGGUCUUGUGGCACUCACUCCCCCUACAUGAGGCCUGUGUACCCAACAAAAACUUUCCCUAACUUAUACACUUUGGCCACUGGGCUGUAUCCAGAAUCACAUGGAAUUGUUGGUAAUUCCAUGUAUGAUCCUGUAUUUGAUGCACAUUUCAAUCUUCGAGGGCGAGAGAAAUUUAACCAUAGGUGGUGGGGAGGUCAACCGCUAUGGAUUACAGCCACGAAGCAAGGGGUGAACGCUGGGACAUUCUUCUGGCCUGUGGUGAUCCCUCACGAGCGGAGGAUACUGACCAUCCUGCAGUGGCUGACCCUGCCGGACCACGAAAGGCCUUCAGUAUAUGCCUUCUAUUCCGAACAGCCUGAUUUCUCUGGACACAAGUAUGGCCCCUUUGGCCCUGAGAUGACGAAUCCUCUGAGGGACAUUGACAAAACUGUGGGACAGUUAAUGGACGGACUGAAACAACUGAAGCUGCAUCGCUGUGUGAAUGUCAUCUUUGUUGGAGACCAUGGAAUGGAAGAUGUCACAUGUGAUAGAACAGAAUUCUUGAGCAAUUACCUGACUAAUGUGGAUGAUAUUAUUUUAGUGCCAGGAACUCUAGGAAGAAUUCGACCCAAAGUCAGCAAUCAUGCUAAAUAUGACCCUAAAGUCAUUAUUGCUAAUCUCACGUGUAAAAAACCAGACCAGCACUUUAAGCCUUACAUGAAACAGCACCUUCCCAAACGUUUGCACUACGCCAACAACAGAAGGAUCGAAGACGUUCAUUUACUGGUGGAGCGCAGAUGGCACGUUGCAAGGAAACCUCUGGAGGUUUAUAAGAAACCAUCAGGGAAAUGUUUUUUCCAGGGAGACCAUGGAUUUGAUAACAAGGUCAACAGUAUGCAGACUGUUUUUGUAGGUUAUGGCCCAACAUUUAAGUACAAGACCAAAGUACCUCCAUUUGAAAACAUUGAACUUUACAAUGUUAUGUGUGAUCUCCUGGGAUUGAAGCCAGCUCCUAAUAACGGGACCCACGGGAGUUUGAACCAUCUCCUGCGUACCAACAUCUUCAGACCAACUAUGCCAGAGGAAGUCACUAGACCCAACUACCCAGGGAUUAUGUACCUUCAGUCUGAUUUUGACCUGGGCUGUACCUGUGAUGAUAAGCUAGAGCCAAAGAACAAAUUGGAUGAACUCAACAAGCGCCUCCAUAUCAAAGAGUCCACAGAAGAGAGACAUCUCCUCUAUGGACGGCCUGCUGUGCUCUAUCGGACUAGAUAUGAUAUCUUAUAUCACACUGACUUUGAAAGCGGUUAUAGUGAAAUAUUUCUAAUGCCACUCUGGACAUCAUACACUGUUUCCAAACAGGCUGAGGUCUCUGGCAUCGCUGAACACCUGACCAACUGUGUCCGGCCUGAUGUCCGUGUUUCUCCGAGUUUCAGUCAGAGCUGUUUGGCCUACAAAAAUGAUAAACAGAUGUCCUAUGGAUUCCUCUUUCCUCCUUAUCUGAGCUCGUCCCCAGAAGCUAAAUAUGAUGCAUUCCUUGUAACCAAUAUGGUUCCAAUGUAUCCUGCUUUUAAACGCAUCUGGAAUUAUUUCCAAAGGGUUCUGGUGAAGAAAUAUGCUUCAGAAAGAAAUGGAGUUAAUGUGAUAAGUGGACCAAUUUUUGACUAUGACUACGAUGGCCUACAUGACUCACAAGACAAAAUCAAACAGUACGUGGAGGGCAGCUCCGUCCCCGUGCCCACCCACUACUACAGCAUCCUCACCAGCUGCCUGGACUUCACGCAGCCCGCCGACCGCUGCGACGGGCCGCUCUCCGUGUCCGCCUUCGCGCUGCCCCACAGGCCCGACAACGACGAGAGCUGCAACAGCUCAGAGGAUGAGUCGAAAUGGGUGGAAGAGCUUCUCAAGAUGCACACAGCGCGGGUGCGAGACAUCGAGCAUCUCACCAGCCUGGACUUCUUCCGCAAGACCAGCCGCAGCUACCCGGAAAUUCUGACCCUAAAGACGUACCUGCAGACGUAUGAGAGCGAGAUCUAG